AUGACGGGCAAGAACAAGGCCCCGGUCGUGCGGGUCAAGAAGGAAGUGCAGGAUGACGCUUUGUCCACCAGCGCUAGUACUCAUACACCAGCCACCCGGACAUUGGAAAAGCCUGCGCAGUCCCCGCCCGCGAAGAAGUCUCGAGGGAAGGACGCCCCGUUCCCCCAAGACGCCAAGGGCAGCCCGCUUGGGACUGGCUGCGUGCGCUGCGUGACAGCUGUCACCAUUGGCGCCUGCAAGGGUUGGGAAGAAGGCUGCCAAAUCUUGAACGACGCUCGUCACCCUGAGCACCAGCGAACCAAGAAGCUGGUUGAUGAGUGCACAAAGUCGCUCGCCAAGAUUGAGGAGGGAUGCCCCCCAACGUGGAAGCCGCCAUCCUGCGUCGAAUCCGCUGAGUCCACGGGCGUAAUGCACUACAUGGACGUUGGCUUUGUCAGUGACGCCGACAUAGAGAGGCUGCUCGGCCUCACGGCACGUCAGCUUGGGCUUUCCAAGCCGGUCUCAAGACCCAACGAAGAUGGCUCUGGUCGCAGCAACGGAUUCUUCAUCAGCCUGCAGGACAUCGGGGACCUCCCAGUGAAUGAGCUGCUGGGCAUGCGAAAGACGCGAGUAUGGACCACGCAGCAUCUCAUGCACAGCGAGAAGCUGCUUUGCCCAGAUGAUCAGUUGGCGCAGGAGCAGGGCUCGGUCGUGUUCAACUUCGCAGUGCAGGCUGAUGUUCAGCAGAGGGACACUGGCCUCAAAAGUGGCGGAUUCCAUCACCUGUUCACCUUCGCCGACUUGCAGGCCAAGGCCGCCAAAGAGCUUGCCCGGCUUGAGGUUAAGCAAGGCCAAGGCAACCCUGAUGGAAAGCCAGGCGAGCCAACCGAGGCUGAACAGGGCGAUGACAUUGUCGUCUACGAGCCUGGCGUUGCGUUGGGUAGCAUGGCCAGGCGCCAAACCGCUGCCGCUAAGAAGGUAACGAGGAAGGCUGCCGUCAAAAAGCAAGCCCAGCAAGUUGAGGGAGACCACCAAAGCAUGAGGUCGGGCUUGUCAGAUGCUGGCAGAAGUGACAAGAACAACUACGGAGACCGCAGAUCGCUUGCCGACAGCGGUUUGCAGGAGAGCGACCCAGACCUGGUGCCGGCGGCGCAACGCCUGGGGUUCGUGCCGGAGUGCUUUUUCCGGUUGAAGGUUGAGAGCUGCUUUGAGGAGAGGCUUGGGCGCACUAUCUUCCAGGCCAACCGUGUGCUGAAGACAUUGGAGGACGCGAAGGCAGCCCAAGCAGUGGUCCUCCGGAAUCGGCUGAAGCGGUGUGGCUGGGCAUCGUCCCUGCAAGAGGCGUGCGAGCAGCCAAGCUCCGCAGACCCCGCCCGUGUCAAGGAGGCGGUUUGUGGCCUGCUGGCUGCCGGCAUUGAGCUGCCGUUCCGCAUCAACAUCUACUUGUUUCAGCUGCAUGCCAACAAAGCUUUCAGGGACAUUGCCGAUGCCAAGGGCAACGCCGAGGUAGCAGCCGCGAUUGACAGGUAUGCCGAGAUGCUGUCGCCUCUCAGCAACGAUCCCGCUACCCAGCUAGAUGAGUUCGACCCUUUCCACCCACAGGUGGCUUGCUUGGUGGCGCAGCUUCUGGAUGAGAUGUCGCAGGUGUCCACCGAGAAGCAGACGGAUGAGUGUCUCGCGCAGGCGUUGGGGGACAGCAUGCUCAACUUCUUCUUGAACGACGGCUUUGUGCAGCUGGUUCAAGAAGUCCAAGGCAAAGGGGGCGCAAGUCAGGAGACCUUGGCCGCGCUUCUCACAGCCUUGCGUGACAUGUUCGCUUCCUGCCAGAGGUGUGAGGGUGACUGGUCCAGCUUGCCAGAUCCCGUUGUCAAGGUGAGUGAGCGCUGCAUGAAGGCAACAAGCUGUUGGCUCACAUUGCUGGUGCCAAUUCCAGAGGCUUGUGGACUCAGCGUUGAAGCUGUGCUGCCUUUCUCUUCGUACAAGGGCAGCGAGAUCUUGGAGGGCCUUGUGCACGAAUGCUUGGUGUCAAAGCCGUUUUGGCAGGAGGCUUUAGACCAGGCAAACAAGUUCGCUGGCACGACCAAGGAGUUCUUUCCCAAGUUGAAGAGUUCCCACGACUUGAUUGCGCAGCUGGAGCACAGCCCUGUUGACCAGGAUAUCGGCUUCCACAUCAAGGUCUUGGUGGAAAUUCUGCGGCUGCUCCCGCAGCUGCAAACCAAGCUCAGGCCCUCAGCGACUGAUGGCUUGGAGGACUCGUUGAAGAAGCGCAUCCCCCCAGCCAUCAAAGUCAUUGUCAAUUCCCAAUCUCUCGAGAACCUUCCAGUUGACUUGCUCUUGCCCUUUCUGCAGUUGCUCGAGCCCAUGGUCGGGUCAGACGUCCAGUUGGCAGAUCUCCAGGAGCGGCUGCAAGCUUGGCACUCGACAAAGGCUGGCGAGGUUGCAAAGCUGGAGGCGGUUGCCUUCUUGAAAGGUCUUCAAGGCGACGCCCCGCUGGACUGGGGGCAGUUGAAGCAGCACUUGGGCCAACUCGGCGCUGACGAUCUUGACGCUGAGCUCCAGACGGAGGUGGAUAAUUCUGUUGGUGUGGUCUUCUGCCACUUUGAGGACGAGGCCGGGUCCGACUUACUUAGGGCGGUGAGGAUGUUGAACCUUGACGUUUGA